CUGUCAUUUGAGGAUGUGGCAAUGUACUUCACCAGAGAUGAGUAGGCUCACCUUGACUGGACUCAGAAGAACCUCUAUAGAGAUGUGAUGCUAGGGAACCACAGGAACAUGAUCUUGCUGRGAUUUUGGUUUCCUAAACCUGAGGUGAUCUGUCAGCUGGAAAACUGGGACAAGCCAUGGAUCUUGGAUCUGCAGAGUGCUGGGAUCAGGAAAGCUUCUAGUAGUGCUUGCCCAGGUCCYGGAGCCAGUUACAAGAUGAAAAAGCCAACUACACAACAGAAAAUUUCUGAAGAUUUAGAGUCAUAUGAGCCAUCACUGGUAAUGCAGGAUAUAACCAAGAAAUUUUCAGAAAAGUUAUAUAGAUAUAAUGAAGUUGUGGACAGUAGCAAGUUUGUACUCCCCAGUAGUAGCAAUGGAUAUUAAGACUUUCUUGAAAACCUGGAUCUUAUUCAACAUCAGAAUGCUCGAACAUGGAAGAAACAGGGCAGAUGUGGGAAACUCAACCCAAGGUCAUUAUUUUUGAGGUAUGAGCAUAUUCUUAAAAGAGCAAAGCCUUAUGAAUGAUGUGGAAAAAACAUUAGGCAUCAGGCAAAUUUUGAUAAACAGCAAAGAAUUCACUUUUUAGAGAAUCCCUUUGAGUGUUCCAUAUGUGGGCAAACCUUCAAACAACGGUCAACUCUUAUUGACCAUAAACAAUGUCACCUGCAAAAAAAACCCAUAACUCAUGACUGUGGAAAGUGUUUCCGUCAGCUUGCAUAUCUUGUUGAACACAUGAGGAUUCAUACCAAAGGAAAACCUUAUAAAUGUGGAGAAUGUGAAAAAACUUUUAGCUAGAAUUCAAUCCUUAUUCGACAUCAGUUAAUCCAUAGUGGAGAAAAGCCACAUAAAAGCCUUGAAUGUGGAAAAGCCUUUGGUCAGUUUUCCACCCUUAGGAGCCAUCAACAGAUUCAUAGUAAACAGAACUCUAUAAGUGCAGUGAAUGUGGAUCUCCUUCAGCACCAGAGAAUCCAUACCAAGGAGGCAUUCUUUGAGUGUACAGAAUGUGGAAAAACUUUUAGUUUCAAGACAAAUCUUAAUCAACAUGAGAUCAUUCACACUGGAAAGAGACCUUAUAGAUGUGACAUGUGUGGUAAAUCUUUCAUUUGGCGAAUAAGUUUUAUUAAGCAUCAGGGUACACACAAAGGACAGGGAUGUACAUAA